CUUCCCCCACCCAUUUGAUCUCACAAGCUUAGAAUAAUAAUAAUAAUAAUAAUGUACCACCAUCAUCAUCAGCAGCAGCAUCAUCAGCAUAAUAGAGGGAAGAGCAUCCAUUCCUCUGACACCCAUUUGUUUCUUCAACCUGGGAAUGCUGCUGCUGGAGCUGGAGAUUCAUCAGGCCUUGUUCUUUCCACCGAUGCCAAGCCCAGGCUUAAAUGGACUCCUGACCUGCACGAUCGCUUUGUUGAAGCUGUCAACCAGCUUGGAGGGGCUGACAAGGCCACUCCUAAAACUGUCAUGAAAAUCAUGGGCAUUCCUGGCCUUACCUUGUACCACUUGAAAAGCCAUCUCCAGAAAUACAGGCUGAGUAAGAAUGUACAUGGACAAGCAAAUGGUGGAGGAAAUGGAAGCAACAAAACUGAUAUGGGUUGGCGUGUAGGGACAGUGGCGGCUGUUUACGGCGAUCAAAGACUGGCGGCGGAGGCAAAUGGAACACCCCGCACCAACAACAUAGUGGUCGCCCCACAGCCCUCCUCCCACCCCAACAAAAGCCUUCAGAUCAGUGAAACAAUACAGAUGCAGAUUGAAGUCCAGAAAAGGCUGCACGAGCAGCUCGAGGUACAACGGCACUUGCAGCUGCGAAUAGAAGCACAAGGGAAGUAUCUUCAAACAGUGCUAGAGAAAGCACAAGAGACACUAGGAAGGCAGGACUUGGGGUCAGUGGGUCUUGAAGCUGCAAAAGUGCAGCUCUCGGAGUUGGUCUCCAAGGUCUCCACUCAAUGCCUAACCGCAGCGUUUCCAGAGCUCCAACAAACUCAGAGGCUAUGUCCUCAACAAACGCAGCCCCCUGACUGCUCCAUGGACAGUUGCCUGACCUCCUGCGAGGCCUCCAAGGACCAACAACAACAACAACAACUCCUUCUCCAUAACUCCCAACACGCCCUCCGACCGAAAGCCAUCGUCACCGACCAUCAUGGGCUGUCCAUGAGCAUUGGGCUGCUGCAGGGGGACAAGGGCGGGGAAGGGGAUAAUGGGUAUUCGCCCUCGUUUGGGAGUAAGAAAAAGGAGGGUGAGACGGCGUUUAGAUAUAGAAUGGCAGCUUCGUUUUUGGACUUGAAUGCUGGUGAGGAUCAACAACUUAGUAAUAAUGAUCAUGCGGCUUCUGCUACUUGCAAGAUGUUUGACCUCAAUGGCUUUAGUUGAUUCACUUGUUGUCCUUGUUAAAUAUACACAUCUUUAUAUAAAUUGGGACUUACAUACCUGCACUUUAACAAAUCUUGACGGUA